AUGAUCGCCAGACAUAUUUUAAAAUUAUAAAAUCUCGCCAAGACUACUCCUUUCUUCAGAUUCUCUGAAUUCAAUGAAACUGAAUCUUCUUUCAAUCACAACGAAAACAGACCUUAAAGAGUCCAAAAGCCCAGAUUCAAAAAGGUUGCUAUCAUCCUUUCCGGUUGUGGUGUUUAUGAUGGUUCUGAAGUUACUGAAGUUGUUUCUUUGAUGGUUCACUUGAAUAAGAGUCAUGUUUCCUUCUAAUGUUUCGCUCCUAACUAAGACCAAUUGCACGUUGUUAAUCACAUUACUGGUGAAACUACCACUGAAACUAGAAACGUUUUAGUUGAAUCUGCUAGAAUUGCUAGAGGAGAGGUCAAGGAUAUCACUUAACUUAAGGGUGAAGACUAUCAAGCUGUCCUCCUUCCCGGUGGUUUCGGUGCUGCUAAGAAUCUUUCUGAUUACGCUGUUAAUGGUACUAACUUCACAGUUAACUCUGAAGUCGAAAGAGUCCUUAGGGAAUUCCACAGCCAAAAGAAGCCUAUUGGUGCUAUGUGCAUUAGUCCUUUAAUUUUAGCUAAGGUUUUACAAAACGAAAAACCUAAAAUCACCAUGGGUAGAGUUGAUAACCAAGACACCCCUAAUAAAUACUGGCCUCAUAGUGAAGCUAUCAAUGCUGCUGAAACAUUAGGUGCUCAACAUUUCCAAAGAAAUGCCGAUAGAUUCUAAGUCGAUUUCGAAAAUAAAAUAGUCACUGCUCCUGCUAUGAUGUUUAACGGUUUCACCAAAUUUUCUACUACUUUCGAUGGAGCUGGUCACUUAGUUAACAUUAUUGAUCAAAUCGUCUAAGGUAACUCCAUUAAGCUUGAUACAAUUGGUGAAAAGAAGCAUGAAAAUUUCGAUGGUGAAAGAAGACCUAGAGGUUAAUAUAAUAGAAACAACAACAACAGAAGACCUAGAGAAAACAACAACGAAAAUCACGAAUAACACCAUCAUCACGAAUAAUAAUGA